AUGUCGUUCUCGAGCCUCGUACAAGACCUGUCCAUGCGCGACGGCAACACCCCCCGCCGCACUCGCCCUGGCAUGGCCCCCUCCGUCUCGACCUUUGACGACCGCGCAUCGCACAUCUCCCGCGCCAUGUCCUACGCCAGCACCGCCGCGACCAGUGUGAGCAUCGCGGGCGACAUCUCGAGCCAGCUGCACGGCGGCUACCACCACCCGCUGGCCCGCUCAUGGCAGGCAGAGCGGCAAUUGACCAAGUCAAUGCUGAUAUACCCCCUCUUCAUCUCCGACAUCGACGACGACGAGACCCUGAUCCCCUCGCUGCCGGGCCAGUACCGCUGGGGCAUAAACAAGCUAGUUCCCUUCCUCGAGCCGCUCGUGCGCAAGGGCCUGCGCUCCGUGAUCCUGUUUGGCGUGCCCCUGGCGGCCGGCACCAAGGACGCGCUCGGCACGGCGGCCGACGACCCCAAGGGCCCCGUGAUCCAGGGCAUCCGCGUGCUGCGGCAGCGGUUCCCACAGCUCUUCAUCACCGUCGACGUGUGCCUGUGCGAGUACACGUCGCACGGCCACUGCGGCAUUCUGCGCGACGACGGCACGCUCAACAACCAACUGUCGGUGGACCGCAUCUCGGACGUGUCGGUGGCGUACGCGCAGGCGGGCGCGCACUGCGUCGCGCCGUCCGACAUGAACGACGGUCGCAUCCGCGCCAUCAAGCUCAAGCUGAUCGAGGAGGGCAUCGCUCACAAGACGCUGCUCAUGUCGUACGCGGCCAAGUUCUCGGGUUGUCUGUACGGGCCCUUCCGCGACGCCGCCGGGUCGGCGCCCUCAUUUGGCGACCGCAAGUGCUACCAGCUGCCCCCCGGGGGCCGCGGCCUCGCGCGCCGGGCCAUCGUGCGCGACAUCGGCGAGGGCGCCGACAUCAUCAUGGUCAAGCCCGCGAGCCAGUACCUCGACAUCAUCAGCGACGCCAAGGAGCUCGGCCGCGACCUGCCCGUCGCCGCCUACCACGUCAGCGGCGAGUACGCCAUGGUGCACGCCGCCGCCAAGGCCGGCGUCUUCGACCUGAAGACCAUGGCCUUUGAGGUCACCGAGGGCAUCCUGCGCGCCGGUGCCAGUAUCGUCAUCAGUUAUUUCACGCCCGAGUUUUUGGACUGGCUGGACAACUGA